CUCUUGAGUGUGUGACGAGCUUUCUCUGCACCUGAAAUGCCAAUGUUACGUGUUGCAGAUCACCACUGGAUACCGUGCGACAAUGGAAAAGUGCCAAUGGAUGCCUUCAUCUGUGGGAUGGAUAAGGACGGGAGCAGCCUGUACGUAGGGCGAGCAUUCCAUGAAGGUGAUCUGUUGCCCGGAAAGAUCGUGCCCAGCCACGGCUGCAUCUACGUCUGCCGUAAUGGCGCGGAGCACGGUGUGAAGCGCUAUGAGGCGCUCGUGGGCGGAAACUUCGCAUGGACGAACACGAGUGGGAACCGAAUACCGCGUGACGCCGUGGCUGCUGGGGAGACCGCAACCAAAGAGAAACUGUACGUGGGCAGAGUGGUGCAUGAUGGCACUCUGACCAUUGGCAAGGUGCACCCUAGUCAUGGCGUGUGCUACAUCCCCUACGACGGGAAGGAGCUGUCCUUCCAGGUUUACGACAUCCUCGUGUCCAAGUAGUGAGGGAAGCACAAUCAUGUUCCGCCAUACAUGGGACGUCUGUUGCUACUCUGAUGUGGUGGGUCAUGGUCAUACGGGAAGUGUGAGAUCCCGGCUGGUUCUGGUGUACAGCGGCAGUCGUACUGUUCCUGUUGGGUUUCAAACACAUCGUGUCUCACGGUUAGAACAUUUUGUGACUGAUGCAACGUCGUUAAAUAUACAGAGAAGGAUAUACAGUAUAUUAUAACCUGAAUGCUGUUGGUCCAAAUGUACUGUACUGUUUUCACAUAUUUGUUAUUUACAGCACUAUGUCAAUAUGUUCUUUGUGUAUAUAUGUAUUCAUGAUGGGAAUCUUAGCGAAGAAGUACAUGAGCAAGUUAACAGCAGUCCUUCUGUUUAAAUAAUAUUAGAAAUACAUGUACAUGUUACUGCAAUAACUUGAGAACUCUCUUUGCCAUCACACAAUUUCAGGUUACCAUAGCAAUGAACUGUAGAGCUUUUAACAUAUUGGUUCAACGUAAAUCAUGUAAGAGGGCACGAACGAGCGAGCGGCGUUUAUUGCAGCGCAUGUUGCCUAUGCUGUAAGUACUGACAGUAUUGUGAAGUGGAGAGUGCUGUUUAAAUUAAAGUGUCUGCGAUUGA